AUGGUUGAACCAGAUAAAAAAGAUCAUAAUAAAACAGCUGAUCUUGAAGAUACAGUUCGAAAUCUUCGAGAAGAAAAUGCCAAACUUUUACAAUUACUUCGUUCACAAGGACUUUUACUCGAUUCUUCAACAAAUCAAAAUGGAAAAUCUAGUGAUACAAUAUUUCCAAUAUCAAAUCAACAAAAAGAUUCAACAAAUCUCACAUUUGAUCAGUCUGAUAUAACAUUAACAACAAAUUCAAUAAAUACUAUAAAUCAAAUCAAUCAUCAACAUAUUAAUAAUCAUGGAUCAAUUAAUCAACAAACAUUUAAUGGACAAACUGUACAUGGUAAUCAAUCAAAUAUAACACCAAAUUUUAAUACAGUUAUACAAACAACAUCACAACCAUUUGUACAAAAUAGUUCAAAUACACUUGUACAAAACAAUACGAAUUUAAUUCAGCCAAUUAAUUUAGUUAAUUUUAAUAAUGUUAGUUUAGAUUCUAUACAAUCAUUUCUUGCUUCACAAAAUAGUGUUGUUUAUUUAUCUCAAACAUCAUCUUCAUCAUCAUCAUCAACAACAACAACAACAUCAUCAUCAACAAAUUCUAUUAUAACAAAUACAAAUGUUAAUGAAGCAUUACCAUCAAAUACACAUAGUAUUUUACCUUCAUCAUCAUCAUUAUUAAGUGAACAACAUCAAAUAUCUAUUCGACCAAAAUUAUCAUUAUUACAUCAACAUCAAGAAUUAGUACCUGUUAUACCAAAAAUAAAACCUGAACAUUAUGAAAGUAUCACGAAACAAUUAUCAUCAUCAUCAUCAACAACAAUAAAUAAUGAUACAACGAAUUUAAUUGAUAAUGAUUCAAAUGAUUCAAAAUAUAAAUAUCAAAGACCUAUUCGUCCUAAACCAUCAUCAAGAACGAAUUCUUUAAAAUCCUAUAAAUCUGUUGUUGUUAAUAAAACAAAAUCAUCAUCAUCAUCAGCACCAACAACAAAUGCUCAUACAUCGUCAUCAUCAUGUAUUAAUAAUAAUAAUAAUUCUCCAACAUUAUCAAUAUUUUCGUCUCCAAUAUGUUUAUCUCCGUCAUUUACAACAGCAACAAGUUAUUUAUCUCAACCAUCAUCAUUAGAUCAUCAAAUUGAUUUAUUAUCAUCAUCACAAUUAAUUAAUUCAAAAUCUUUAGAUUCAUCAACAACAAGUCUUCCAACACCAGCAAAUAAUAAAUCUAGUAAAAAUCGUAUACGUAAUUGUAAUAAAAAAACAUCUUCUAUAUCAUCAACGAUUCUAUCGUCAAAUAAUUCUACACUUAUACCAAUAGCACCAAAUAAUAGUCGACCGUCAGCACCAGCAAUAGUAAAUGUUCAACGUUUAGUAACAUCAAAUAAUUCAAUAAGAAAACGUACAACAACAAAUAAAAAACAAUCAAAACGUAAUACAAAAACAUUUGUUCAUUCUCACAGUGAAAGUAUUUUACAACAAAAUUCUUCAUCACCCAUAAAUACAUUUGCUGAAUCUAUAUCGGGUUUCUUAGAAAGUUUUGAUCAAGAAUUAAUUGCAUCUAAUUUUCUAUCACAAUCAACAACAAGUAAUUUAUUAACAAAUGAAAAUAAUUCAAUCAUUUCAUCAGAUCAUAUUGAUUUACAACAUAUUGUUAAUAAUAAUAAUACUGUACAAGGACAACAACAAGAUGCUUAUCAAUCAUUAACAACAACAGCAGCAUCAAUAUCAAUGCCAACACUUGAUGAAUUUAAUAAUCGACUUGAAAAUGAAACAAUAUUAACAAAUCAAACAAUAAAUGAUUUACAAACAACACAUGAUUAUAAUGUUGAAAAUGAACAAAUAACAUCAUUUAUGAAUGAAGAAGAUAUGCGUUUUGUUGAAAUGAAUUUUGAUGAAAAUAUUUUUUUAAAGCAAUUUGAUUUAGAUGAUCCAGGUAUUAAAUUAAAUAUUCAUUCAGAUCAAAAUAUAUUUGCUAAUAUUUUAACUAAUAAUAAUCAUAAUAAUAAUGAUAUUUUACAAAUAGAACAACAACAACAACAACAAAAUCAAACUAAUGAACAAUCAAUAACACAUCAAAAUCAACAUCCUACACCUCCUCCUCCUAUUUAUCCAGGUUCAUCAUUGAUUAAUAAUAAUGUUUUUACAACUCUUGUUCCACUUGGCUCACAACAACAAACAUUAAAAACAAAUGCAUUUAAUUAUCAUAAUAGUACAAUGUCUUUAUUACCAGAAGAAGGUGUUCAAUUGACUGCUCGUCAUAUUGAACCAAGUCAAGUAGCAACAUAUGAAUCCGCAAAAUAUCAAGAUAUUCUUGAUGAUUUAGUUAUGGUUACAGAUCAAGAUGCAUUACGACAUGCACAAGCUACAGCUGCCAAUGAUCCAUCUGUUGUAUCAACAGAUUAUUCAUUUGCAUUACUUGAAGCUGCUAAUGAAAUAAUGAAAAAUACAAAUAUUCAUAUUGUUGAAGAAAAUUCAACAGCAUUUACUGAUUUACAAUAUUUCUAUCCUAUUCAACAAGAACAAACAAAUUUAGAAAAACAAUUAGAAACUUAUCAAAAUAAAGAACAAAAUGAACCUGAACAACAACAACAACAACAACAGCCGAUUGUUAUUCUUGAAAAAUUACACUCAGAAAUAUUAACAUCAACAAAUCUAACAGAAAAUGUUCUUAAUGAUUCAAUUAGUGAUUUAUUACAAUAUAAUCAAACACAUUCACCUAUUGAUCAUGAGCGAUCAACAAUAGAAUUAACAACACCAUUAAAAAAUCUUUCAAAUAAUUUAUUAACAAAAUCACCUAAUAAUUGUAACAAUAAUAAUAAUUCUCCGUUAUCAUUAACAAAUACAUAUGAUAAUGAUCAAACUCUAUCAUAUUCUCCUAUAUCAGAUAUAAUAACAAUAUCAACAAGUUCUCUUCAACAAAAAUUACAAUCAAUUGAAUCAAUGAUAAAAUCACCUGUUAUAUUUGAACCAAUAUCAUCACCAUCAAGUCCUUCAUCGCCAAUUCCUAAAGAAAUUAUUCUUGAUUCAGGUCAUUUAAAUGAAUUAAAUUUUGAUAAAAUUAAUUCUUUAAAUAAUAAUAAUAAUAAUGAUGAUGAUGAUGAAAUUGAAGAAUUAUUACGUGAUACAACAAAUACUAAUAAUAAUCAAUAUGAAAUUAUUGAAAAUCAAGGACAAACAUCCAUAAAAAAUUCAAUUAUUAUUGAUAAUAUUGAUGAAUUAAUUGAAAUAAUUGAACCUUCAUUAACAACAAGAAAUCCUAAAUGUAUAGAAUUAUUUGAACACACUUUUCUACGUUAUAAACAAAAAUAUUAUUUAAAUUUAAAACAUCAACAAAAUUUAACAUUAAAAAAUUUAACAAUUCCAAAUGUUAAAUUAAAACUUCCAACAGAAAAAAUUGUCAUCAAAGAACAAUCACUAGAACAACAUAUUGAACAAGAAUCUGUUGAACGUCCACCAUUAAAAAUAACUAUACGAGCAAAAUUAUCCGGAACAAAUUUACUUGAAGAUAAAAUUCAAAAUAAAACAAUUCGUAAAAUUAAAAAGAAAAAGUCUCAUCAUCAUGAAAAUAAAAAAAAAUCUAAUAAUAAUAAUAAUAAUGAUAAUAAUCAAUUUGAAACUGAAUAUGCUGGUUUAACACGAUUUGAACAACCAUUAGCACAAUUAUAUCAUCAACCAUCACCACCAACAUCUGACGAGCCACCAAUACCUAAAACUGAAAUCUUAACAUCAUCACCACUAUUAUUAACUUCACAACAAAAUGAUUUACAAACAUCAACAACAAAUAUUCAUUCUGGUUUUAUGAUUAAUGAACAAACACCACCAUCAAGUAUAAUAUCUAUUGAACAUAAACAAAGUCCACCACCAUUAUUAAUUAGUCAAAUGAAACAUGAAAAAUUAAAAACAAAUUAUUCACAUUUACUUGAUUAUGAUGAUAAUAAUAAUACCAAUGAUCAUCAUCAUCAUCAUCAUCAUCAAAAUAAUAAUACAUUUAUAACACCACCACCUGAAAUUGAUUUGAAUUUAAUACAACAAAAAUCUAACACAUAUGAAAAUUUUUGUCAAUUUUCAAAUAGUCCAAAUAAGAAAAAAUCUAAUCGUAGAAAAUCAAGUGUUACAAGUAGUACAAGUAGUAAAUCAUUAACAAAUCUUGAUUAUGCUAUUGAUACACAAGAACUUGAACCUGUUUCACCAACACCAUUAUUAACAAUGAAACAAAAACAUUUACAUAAUCAAACAUCAGCAUCUAAUUAUAAUGAUACAUCACCACCUUAUUGUGAACAUCAACAACAAAAACAUGUUAAAGAAUAUCAUUCAAGAAAAUCAUCAAAUCGACCAUCAAAAACAACAUCAUCACAAAAUUAUCAACAACCACGUUCAUUAUCAAAUCAUAAUUAUCGAACAUUACAAGAACCACCAUUAAUGCCACCGAUAUUACCUGUACCACCACCACCAAUACAUAUUGAUCCAUAUGCUCAAACUUAUCAUCCUUUUGCACCACGUGUACCACCGCCACCGCCACCAUUUUUUAAUUUUCCAUUUCCACAUCCAUUUCUUAAUCCACAUGCACCAACAACAUCAACUCAUUUUCAUCCACAUUCUAUGAAAUAUCAUCAUCAUAUUCAUCCAUCUCAUAUAUAUCCACAACAAUAUCCUUAUCAUGCUCAUUUGCAAAGGCAACAACAGUAUAAUAAUUCCAAUUAUAUGUCUUCUCGUGAUCAUCAUUCAUUCGACAGGUAG